AUGGCGGAAAUUUUUAGUUUUUUAGACCUUCGCGGAAAAUUUCCUGAUCUUUGCAUCUUGCGAGCGCCAACUUCAGGAGCUGGCAGAAAUGGGAAGUAAAACGAAGAAGAAACUCUCGGACGAAACACCAACAUCCUCCUCUCCUUCUAGCUCCGAGGACUCGGAAUCAUCAUCGAAGAGGCGACGCCGCCACCGUAAAGACCGGAACAGAAGCGAUGGGAGUUCAAGGAGGGAGAAAGAAAGGAAGAGAGAGAAAAGAAAGAGGAAGGAACGAGAAAGGGAGAGAAAGAGAAGGAAAUCGAGGAGAGAUGAGAGAAAGAAGAGGAAGAGGAGCUAUGAGUCUGAAACUGAAUCCGAUUCAGGUUCUGAGUCUAGGUCAGGAUCUGAUUCCGAGAGGGACAGAGAGCGGGUAGCGCCAGAAGCGGUGAUGAGAGACAUGUUGAAGGAAUUUCCUAAUGUUGGCGGUGAUUUGAGGCAGCUUCUGCAAAUGAUUGAUGAUGGGCAAGCUGUUGACAUAAAGGGCAUAUCUGAGAGAUCUUUGAUUAAGCACUUAAAGAAGCUGUUCCUAUCCUUAAAUCUAACGGAAAGUGGUGAUAGAGUCUUUUUACUUCCUUCAAAUGUUCCUCCUACCUUGGAUGUUGUGGGCAUCUUGAUUCUCAAUCAUAUAGAAGAACCUGAAGGAGAAAAACCCACAUAUUCUGUGUCAGAGAAGGAUGUCCACUCCAUUCAGGAGGAUGGUGAUUGUAGCCGAAUGAGGGAUGAAAAUAAUUCAACAACUUGUCCAGAGGACGAUUCUUCUGCUCCUAAAAGAAGGGUGAUUGGCCCUGAAAUGCCAUCAGCUGAUUUGCUUGCUGCGGCGGCCAAAUUAACAGAAGCCCAAGCUGACCUCAGAGAAGCUGAGUUGGAGGAAGAUAAUGAACUAUUUAUAGGGCCUCCACCACCUGCUGUGGUUGCUGAAGCUGAAUCAGCAAAUGAGGCAGAACGUUUUGAAGAGGUCACAAGAAUAAUGGCAGCUGAUGCUGACUCUCCAUAUGAUGUUCUAGGAGCAAACCAAAAAAUGUCUGCUGAUAAUAUAAAGAAAAGGUAUUGGAAACUGUCUCUUUUGGUUCACCCAGACAAAUGCCCUCAUCCUCAGGCACACCAGGCAUUUAUUAUACUAAAUAAAGCUUUCAAGGAAUUGCAAGAUCCAGACAAGAGAAAAGCAAUGGAUGAUAAAAUUAAACUGAAGGAGGAGCAGGAGGCAUUCAAGGCUGAGUUGCGAGCAAUGCGUGAAGCUGCACAAUGGAGAAGAUUGCAAGGUAUAUCAAUGGAGGGUGAUGAUGAACUCCUGGCAGAUACGGAAGUUAAAGCAUCACCAAAAAGAGAUGAAUGGAUGACAACACUACCUCCUGAGAGGAAACCUGGUGUUACCAUGCAAACAACAAAGUUUAGCAGGGGCUCCAAAGAAGGGCGUGGUGACACUAGUGUCUGGACUGAUACUCCCUCAGACAGAGCCCAAAAGGCAAAGAUGAAUUACUUGGAAGCUUAUAAUGAGGCUGCUGCACUUGCUUCUAAUGAAGAGGAAAAGAAGAGACACAGUUCAGAUGCAGAUUUAGUGGAUAGAUACAAUAAAGAAAAGAGAUCAAAAUCAUUGGUACAGAAGCACCAAGAGAAGGCUGCAAGCCGUUCAAAGAAAAAAUCCAAGCAGGAGCCAGCAGAGAAGGAAGAGUGGGUGGGGAAUCAUCCAUGGAAGCCUUGGGAUCGUGAGAAGGACCUGGUUGCUGGAAGGCAGAAUAUAAAGUUUGAUGCUGAAAAUUUGGUUCAGGGUUUGACUUCCAGGUUUUCAUCUGGAAACUUUCAGAGGAACUUCCUCUAGGCUGGGGGAAGUCAAUUGGUGCAUAUGCAUUAUCAAACAAAGCUAAAGCCUGUUCUUAAUACCACCGGUAUGUCUAUCAUAUUUGCAUGUGCAGUUUAAAGAUGCUUAAUCCCGCCUUUUCAUUUUAAAAAUUGAAGAUAGAAGAACACAAAAAAAAUUGAAAAGGGUGGAUGUUGGAAUAUAAAAGUGUAUCCUUUACCAUCUGUUUUAUUUAUUUGGGAAGACCAGUCUCUGGAGCAGGUGAUGGAAUUUAAGAUAUCUUCUCAUCUGGUCCCAGUUUCUUCUAUCUGAAUCUUCUUACAAUAUUGUAAGUGAAAGUGAUGAGAAUCUAUAGUGAGCAAAUCCUUCCUCAGGCCAUGUCCAGGAUCUUCCAACAAAUGGUAUACUAGUGCAGGCCCCCUUCCUUUGAACCUCGACGGAUCAAGUCUCCAGUUCUGGGAAAUUACAACGGAUUCUUCUGCAUCAUAUGAGCUGGUAAGUUUUUUAGAGCUAUUCACGGAUCAAGAGAUGCCUCUCUUCAAUUUCCGCACCUUACCUCUUGAAUCCUACAAGAUAAUGGCAAACACCCUAGCCGAUUACCAUAUUACAUGCUCCAAUCUGAAAGAUUUUGUUGGAAUUUAAGACAUUUCUAGUUAAAUACGAUUAUCAUAUUAAAUAUCCCAUAUUUCG